AUUGUGCGUUCCUGCAUGGACAGGGUAGCACUCUCAGUCUCUUCCCAAUUCGAGGGCUGUGCUUCGGUGCGGCCGCCAGGUGUCGCUGCCCGGCGCGUCCAUCCCGCUUGCGCCCGCUCGGCUCUUUCCUCCGCCGCGUCUCCCGCCGCAGAGGCUGGAGGUGUCGGAGGGGCGCAUGGCUUUGCGCCUCCCUCCUCGCCGUGCCAUCUCCUGGCGGGCGUCGGCCCGAGGCAGCCCUCGGAGGAGGAGGCUGCGGCGGAGGAGGACGAGAGAACCCCGCAGAGGAUGGGGCGGCGGCGGCGGCGCUGGCGGGGCGCGCUCCUUUGGCUGCUCCUGCUCCUCCCGCCGCUCGGCGCCUUCAACCUGGACGCCGAGAAGCGCGCCGUCUACCGCGGACCGCCGGGGAGCUACUUCGGCUACGCGCUGGACUUCUACAGCCCCGCGCCCUCCUCCCACGAAGUGAGCAUCCUGGUCGGAGCUCCUAAAGCCAACACGACACAACCGGACAUAGUGGAAGGAGGAGCAGUCUACUAUUGCCCUUGGCCGGCUACCGAGUGUAAACAGAUCCCUUUUGAUGGUACAAACAACAGGAAAAUCAAAGUGAAUGGCACAAGAGAGCCUAUAGAGUUUAAAUCAAAUCAGUGGUUUGGAGCAACAGUCAGAGCUCAUAAAGGAAAAGUUGUGGCUUGUGCUCCCUUAUACCAUUGGAGAACACUGAAGGCUGCACCUGAAAAAGAUCCAGUUGGCACUUGCUAUGUAGCAAUUCAAAACUUCAGUGCCUACGCUGAAUAUUCCCCUUGUCGCAAUAACAAUCCAGAUCCUGAGGGACAAGGUUACUGUCAAGCAGGAUUCAGCUUAGACUUUUAUAAGAAUGGAGACCUUAUAGUAGGAGGACCUGGCAGCUUUUAUUGGCAAGGCCAGAUUAUCACCAGCAGUGUUGCAGAUAUUAUCACAGACUAUUCAUUCAAGAAUAUCCUAAGGAAGCUGUCACAAGAAAAGCAAACUGGAGUGGCACCAUCAGUGUAUGAUGACAACUAUCUUGGGUACUCUUUGGCUGUGGGCGAAUUCACUGGAGACUUUCAACAAGAAUUGGUAGCUGGAGUCCCAAGAGGUGCACAGAACUUUGGCUAUGUUUCAAUUAUAAACUCCACCGAUUUGACCUUUAUUCAGAAUUUCACUGGUGAACAGAUGGCAUCUUACUUUGGAUAUACGGUUGCAGUGUCCGAUGUUAACAAUGACGGGCUGGAUGACAUUCUCAUCGGAGCACCUCUUUUUAUGGAGCGUGAAUUUGAGAGCAAUCCUAAAGAAGUGGGGCAAGUGUAUCUUUAUCUGCAAGACAGCACCUUGUCCUUCAGAGACGCACAGAUACUAUCUGGCACGGAAGUGUUUGGUAGAUUUGGCAAUGCCAUUGCACACCUUGGGGACCUGAACCAGGAUGGAUAUAAUGACAUUGCAAUAGGCGCUCCAUUCGCCGGAGAAGAGCGGAGGGGGAAAGUACUCAUUUACAACGGAGCUAGUAAUGGGUUAAACCCAAACCCUUCCCAGGUUCUCAGCAGUAUGUGGGCCUCCCAGCCAAUGCCAGCGGGAUUUGGCUUUACGCUAAGAGGAGACUCAGACAUAGACAAGAAUGAUUACCCAGAUUUAAUUGUGGGGGCUUUUGGAGCUGGAAAAGUCAUUGUUUACAGAGCAAGACCGGUUGUGACAGUAGAUGCUCGAGUCUUGCUCUCACCAGAGAUUAUAAAUCCGGAAAAUAAAACCUGUCAGCUUCCUGGUUCUGCAGCUCUAGUUUCUUGUUUUACUGUAAACGUAUGUGUGGCUUUUGAAGCUCCAGGUGUUUCAGAUAAAAUAGCUCUGAAAGCUGAGCUGCAGUUGGAUUCUUUAAAAGUCAAAGGAGCUGUUAAGCGGACCCUUUUCCUGGAUUACCAUCAGUCACAGCAUGCCUUCCUCCUCAUGAUAGAGCGGCAGAACUGGCUCACUUGUAAGGACUUUGUGGUUUAUCUCAGAGAUGAAACUGAGUUUCGAGAUAAAUUAUCUCCAAUCAACGUUACCUUGAAUUACAGCUUGGACGAAUCUACUUUUUCAGACGGCUUAACUGUGAACCCAAUACUGAACUAUUACCAAGAAAACAUUGUUGGCAAGCAGGCUUACAUUCUUGUGGAUUGUGGAGAGGACAACGUGUGCAUUCCUGACUUGAAACUUUCUGCUGUGCCAGACAGAGAUCAGAUCAUAAUUGGGGAAGAAAACUAUGUCACCCUAAUUGUCAAUUCAAGAAAUGAAGGUGAAGGAGCCUAUGAAGCAGAGCUGCAUAUAAAGAUACCUCCUGAAGCAGAUUACACAGGUGUUGAACGCAACAACAAGGCACUCCGUGCGCUGAGCUGUGAUUACAAGAUGGAAAAUGAAACGAGAACAGUGAUUUGCGACCUUGGGAAUCCCAUAGCAGCUGGAGCAAAUUUUUCAUCAGGCAUCAGAUUCACUGUGCAACGCUUUGAAAAUGCUGAAUUCAGCAUCCAGUUUGAGCUGCAAGUGAGAAGUUCCAACAAAGUUAAUCCCAACAGUAAUUUGGUUGACCUUCGGCUUGACAUAAAUGCCGUCGCUCAAGUACAGAUCAGAGGAGUUUCUCAUCCUCCACAAAUUAUUUUGCCAAUUCAUAACUGGGAGCCAAAAGAUGAACCUACCAAAGAAGACGACAUUGGACCCCUGGUGGAACACAUAUACGAGUUGCACAACAGUGGGCCAAGCGCCAUCAAUGAUACAGUCCUGUAUGUGGAGUGGCCAGUGCUGAGCGGAGAGGAAUUCCUUCUUUACAUCCUCCAUAUCCAGACUCAUGGACCGUUGCAAUGUCAAACAAGCUCUGCAAUCAACAGUUUAGACAUAAAGUUUUCUGUCCCGGAGGACACGCCGGAGCUCGCAGCUUUUUUGCGAAACUCAUCUAUUCCUCACUAUGUUGGACGGAGAGAAGCCAAAGCUGUGGAGCAUCAAAAGAAUUCUGCAAGAAUUCUGAAUUGCACAAAUGUGGAAUGCUUAAUGAUCACUUGUUCAGUGGGACUCUUAGAAAGAGGAAGAAGUGCAGCACUGAAAAUACGUUCUCUUUUGUGGGCUUCAACAUUUCUAAAGAGGAAAAACGGCCACUAUUCGCUUUCAGUCAAUGUGUCAUUCGAAGUAAAGAAGAUGCCAUACAAAGUUCAACCGGCAAAACUCCCUGAAGGAAGCGUAGCAAUUAAAACAUCUGUUAUUUGGGCUACUCCAAACAUUUCCUUUGCAAUCCCACUGUGGGUUAUAGUUUUAGCCAUACUCCUUGGCUUGCUGGUCCUGGCUAUGUUGACACUAGCUUUGUGGAAGUGUGGCUUCUUUGAUCGAGCCAGGCCUCCUCGAGAUGACAUGGCUGACCGGGAACAACUAACAAGUGACAAGACUACUGAUACGUAGAAGGGUCCUGCAGAGUAUUUGAAGACUAGCAAAGUGCCAACAUGGCCAAUGCAACAUUAGACACAUUCUUGCUGCACCAUGGCCACUUGAUGGCAGAAAAGAAUUUUGUUGCUGCCUCAAAAAUACAUCCGGCUAUUGAGCAAAAGAAAGUUAAGCAAAAACCAAAUCACUUCAUUCAAAAGGUGAUUUUUUUUUCAUAGCACAUGGGGUACAUCAAAAGCACUCUUCAUCGGAACCAUGCAAGAAUGGAAAUCCUGUGCUGCCAUAUGCCUUAAGGAUGAGCAAGAUGAAAUGUUCAGACUCAGCUGUAUGUUGGCAGAACAUUGUGGCACCUCCCUAAAGAUGAGAACUUCUAUGAAACUCUGACUCAGGGAGAGAAGCAAUAUUGUUGGCCCUCUGGAAGCACCUCUGAAAAGCAAAAGCAGAACCUGUAAAAAUACUUUUUCAUAAGCAAGGCAUGGUUAUUUAUUUUUCCAUCUCUUUGUAGACUGGGCAUCUUAACAAAAAUAGGUCAUGAAGUUUCGUCCUGAUGGCAGUGACCUCGGUAUUGUGUAUAUAAAUAGAGAGAAUGUAUCCUGCGCAUUCCAUAUAUCAAUAAUAAGAGUGUGGAGAGAAGCGGAGUUGCAUAUUAUUUUAGAUGAUGGGAUGUAUAAUGAGAAAUAAUAGACCUGCAAACCUGAAGAUUUUCUAGUUUAAUCACGUUCUUUGAAAAACAAAAGAUGGAGCUAUCCAUUUACUUAAUCACACCAAGCACUAAAAUAACAGAUUAAGAUAUCAUCACAAUUGUCAGAUAUAAGAAGACUGGUAUCCCUUUGAAGAGACAUGUGUUGAUUUGUAGGGAAAAUAUAGAAUAAAUACAACAUGUACUAAUCUUGUAUUCCGUUAAGUAAGUCAAGCUACACUUUUGAUCAAAUCCAUUGUAGAAGAUAAUAUGAUGAAAACCUGACAGAGAAAAAAAGAUCUUAUGUGAAUUAACAUAACAUUGGUUACGCCUCUGCUUUGAUAAAAACCUCAUUUAUAAGUCUUUUCUGUGAGUUCCUCCUUGGAUUAUUUGAUUCACUGGGAACAUGGGAUAUCCUUCUCUUGUCAUUUGGAACAAUCACAGAUGAUUCAAAGGAAUAAAUUACAUUCAAUGGUUGAAGACUCCAUAUACCAUUCCUGAUCUCAGGGUGUCCCGUCUGGCUAGUAGUUAAAAUUGGAGAACACAUUUCAUAUCUGAAACCAAUGUAGGAGCUAUUUCUUUUGCUCCUCUGAUAUUUCUUGGAAAGGUGUUCCAGAAGAUGUCUAGUAGUUAAGAGUAGAUGUCUAUUUUCCCUCUUUGGCUUAUUCAUCAACACUUAAGAGACCCUAAGUCAUGUACUCAUAAAAGUCUGAUCUGGGCAUGGAAACUCAAAUACAUAGAAUAUCCUUUUUUUCUGCAAAGAGAGCUGACCUGUGUGUAUGCAUUUUUAUGUCUAAAAAUAAGAGUAUAGCUGAGAUAUGAAGUGCACAUCUGAUUUCUGAAAUAGAAUUUUGGGGAAGCUUUUAUUACACACAGUUGACUUCUAUUUCUUGGUUGAAUAUUAUGAAUGCAGCAUAUAUCCUCUUAACUAUAGGCUGCAGAGGGACAGUCCAUUGAUCAAAUUCAGCAAGAGUCCAAGAUUCCAUCAGCUUUUGGAAUCAGUUUGUGGGCUUAGUAAUGACUGGACCAGACCAUCUUGCAAUGACAUGGUGGUCCUAACUUACCGUGAAUUCCAAAUAAAUUUGUUCAAUGGUGAUGAACAUCUGUCUGACCUUUUGAACGUCCCUUGUGCCUAUAAUACUGUGGUAUUUUUUAGAAUCUGGAAGUAAAAUUUUCAGCAUAAAAGUGCCUUUAUUCCUCAACUGCUCAGCCUCUUCCCUUCUCGGUAGCUGGUUUGGUGAGUUCAUGUUUCACACCAUGUUCUAGAUUUAGUUCUUAUAAUCCCAGUUGUUAUACUGUCAAAAAAGUACUUCUGUGUGGUAUGUACUGUCAUAAGGCUGGAAAUGGGGGAAAAGACAACUUAAUCCUGAACUCUCCACCAUUCUGCCUCUAGAGCCAUUUUAGCAUUCUGAAAUGAUAUUUUUUCCAACUUUUUAUAAAACAAGGGGGAAAGUUAGCCAACAUCAUACCUGUUGACUUCUGAACAAAACUACUUCAGAAAGCUUAUAGGAUAUCCCAGCCUCUGUCUACAUCCAAGCUUGUCUUAUAAACAGGCAAAUUGUUAUAUUAGUUGUCUACUAGUGGAAAAAAUCUCAAGAAUUUAAUCUUUCAUAAUUUCUAACAUGGAUUUUCUAGCUGGACUUUUAGAAAGUUUCUUCUUAAUAUCUGUCAAGACAAAUUUCUGCUUUUUCAGUUACUACGAGAUAUAAAAAAAUAUAUUCCCAAAAUUUCUUGUAUUAAUGGCUCAGUCCAGUCCAAUUUCAGUAAUAAAUACCAGUUUAUAUAAAUGACUCUCUUUUUGAAUGCUGUAACAUUUGAUCAUAGAAUUGUUGUGUUUCACAUGAAUGUGAAACCAGAGGAAGCUCCAUAUGAAAAUCAAAGGAACUAGAAAGGAGGAAACAACUAGUGGAGCUAAAAUGAAGAAAGCUUAUAAUUCCCUAGACUUUUUUCCAGGGUUAUGUUGACUUAUGAUGCACAUUGAUGACCCUAGGCAAACCUAACAUGCAGUUUUCUUGGCAAGAUUUAUUCAGAAGGCGUUUACCAUUGUCUUAAUCUGAGGCUAAGAGAGAAUGAUUUGCCGAAUGUCACCCCAGUGGCUUAUCACGACUCAACAAGGACUCAAAUCCUGUAAUUCAGAGUACUAGCCAAACAUUCACACUAUGCUGGCUCUCAAAAUCCAACUACAUAGGAGACAUCUGUGCAAAAACUUAUUUGUGGGCAGAAAAAAAAGUCAUUUGUCACCCUCAAAACUAAGGAAAAUGGGUGUGAAUGGAUUGUCAAUGCAGACUUGAAUAUGCUGGGUGUUAAAGAGUCUACAAAGGUAACUUCCAGUUCUGGGUCAAAUUAUAAAACCAAUCCUGCAGAUUUCUGCACCCCCUCCUUUCCAUCCAUCCAAAGGAAGUUAAUUGUAUAAUCUGUGUAAAUACCAAAUAAUUGAAUUAUAACCACAGUUUAUCCAGAAUGAUAUCCUGGCUAGAAAUAUGUGCAUUGAUUAUACACAGCCCUCUUAAACAGAUGAAAUAUAAUUUGCAAAUGAGAAAGGGGUUUUUUUGUAUGUGCAAUAUCUUAUAUUAUCUAUGUACCUGGUGCAUGUUUACACUGGCAAUUGUGUUUUUUAAAAAACAAUCUUUUGGAUAUAUUGAUUAAGAAAUUAAAAAAAUUAACAUAAUUUA